CCAGAACUGGUUGUGACAAAUGGAGGAAUUUGACGUUUUCUACGAAAGUGAUACUAGCAACGAGGAGCACUAUGAAGACCAUGAAUUUUCAAGAAGAUAUCAAUUUACUAAAGCCGUUGUAAUUGAUGUAUUGUUGCCUUUAACGCGUGCGAAGCUGGAAAAGCAUUGUAAUCGAGGACUACCUAUACCUCCACUUAUACAAUUGCUAACAGCCUUAAGAUUUUAUGCAUCAAACAGUUUUCAGAUGGUUCAUGGAGACCUGCGUUGGUUGAGUCAAGCCUCAGUAAGCCGCAUCGUGAAAAACGUCUCCAUGGCAUUUGCUGAACAGUUGAAGCAAUUUAUUUGUUUCCCACGAAGUGACACAGGAAUCCGUCGAAAUACAACAAAAUUUUACACGACUGCUCAUUUCCCUUCUGUUGUUGGAUGUUUGGAUUGUACACACAUUCCAAUUUCAAAUCCAGGAGGAGAAAAUGCCGAAGUUUUUCGAUGCAGAAAAGGCUAUUUUUCUUUAAAUGUACAGGUUGUCUGUGGCCCAAACAUGGAAAUUAUGGAUAUUGUUUUAAGGCACCCAGGUUCAACACACGAUAGCGUAAUUUUUGAUAGAAGUGCUGUUCGAGCACAUUUUGAAGCAGGCGAAUUUCGCGGCGUUUUGCUUAGAGAUAACGGAUAUCUCUGUCGUAAAUACUUAUUAACUCCAAUAUUAAAUCCAAGUGAUGAGCAGGAAAUUGGUUACAAUAAUGCCCAUAUAAAAACUCAAAAUAUCAUUGAAAGAGUUUUCGGUGUUUGGAAACGUCGCUUUCCAUGCUUACAAAACGGUUUACGUCAUAACGAAAAUAACGUUCUUGAUCCAAAUGUAGUUUCCGACGAUGUAGAGGAUGGAUCAGUUUACAUUAAUUCUAAUGAACGAAAUUCGCAAUUCGCAGUCCGCAGAACAUUCGUGAAUACUUACUUUUAA